UCUCCCCCAAUCCGCUCCCACUGCUUCUCAUAUCUUCAUAUCGGCGAGAUAUUGAGCUCGAAAAAUUCACGAGAAAGAGAUGGAGUCGACCGGAAAGGUGAAGAAAGGCGCCGGUGGAAGGAAAGGAGGCGGUCCGAAGAAGAAGCCGGUCUCCAGAUCGGUCAAGGCCGGUCUGCAGUUCCCGGUCGGUAGGAUCGGUCGUUAUUUGAAGAAGGGCCGAUAUUCUCAGCGUGUCGGGACCGGUGCGCCGGUUUAUCUCGCGGCUGUGCUGGAAUAUCUUGCAGCUGAGGUUCUUGAAUUGGCUGGGAAUGCAGCACGUGACAACAAAAAGAACAGAAUCAUCCCUCGGCAUGUACUCUUAGCUGUGAGGAAUGAUGAAGAGCUUGGAAAGCUUUUGCAUGGUGUGACAAUUGCUCAUGGAGGAGUUCUUCCCAACAUCAACCCAGUUCUUCUUCCAAAGAAAACUGCAGAGAAGGCUGCCAAAGAGCCCAAGUCUCCUACCAAGGCUGUCAAAUCUCCAAAGAAGGCUUGAUUUGAAUCCCUUCUUCAAGCCUCUUUUGUGUCCAUCUCUGCUCUUCUUCUUCUUCUUCUACUUGUAUGUUACUACUGCUCUGGGUCCCAGUCAAGAGGGUUUGAUGUGGGGAGGAGAUGGAAUUGAAGAUUUGAAGAGAAAUUGUACUUGUUUUCUUCAUUUCAUUUCCUUUUCUUUUGUUGUGUUGAUGUAGGUUAGAGAUUUGAAUGACACUACCUCUUUUUUUUU